CGAUGAAAUCUAGCCGGCAUAUGUCACAAUCAACAUAAUAUAGUUACCUACAUAAAAAUACUAUGAAUAUGCAUCCUCGGGUUAUAUUAUCGAGAUUAUGUUUUGUGUUUUAUCGUAGAAGUGCCUUGCGAAUUAUUCCUCAACAACAAUUUCUCACUUAUUUCGAUCUGUAUUGAGUAUAUUUUCAUGAGUAAAACGAUUUGAACUAAAAAAGAGUGCCAUUUAGAUGAUUUCUUUGUUGUGGGACUGAUUUUCCACUAAUUCACUACAUAUUUAUCUAGGGGUGGUACCACUACCAUGAGUAUUGACCAUUGAAAAGAGUUGAAUAGAAAAUUGAGGCAGUGAUGGCACAUCCAACGGGCCAAAAUUCUAUAAACAUAAUGGAAACUGUGAAAGUUAUCUUGUCCGGGAUCACGGUAGAACCAAUUCUCUUUCUCACAGUAAUAUCAGAUAUGAUAUAUAAAAUAGUAGUUCAGAAUUUGUAUAUGGAAAAGGCUUGCCGCGUAUCGCUUUUGAUGAAUUCAACUACAUGUGAUGCAAUGUCCAAGAGGAAUCAAAGUGGCUACACAGUCUCUGAAGAAAUUGAGGUUCAAAAGUUGUCAAGUGGAUUGAUGGCCAUAGCUAAUGCACUCAAUGGUUUAUUUCCAGUUAUUUUAGCCCUGUUCAUUGGCUCUUGGAGUGACAGGCAUAGUUUGCGAAAACCGAUCAUCUUAGCCCCUGCCAUAGGAUUGUUGUUAACGUUGUUUAGUGCAAUUUUAAAUGCAAUAUUCUUUUAUGAGUUGCCGAUAAUAUUCACAGUGAUCAGCGAUGCUACCUUUUUGCCCAUUCUCGGUGGCCUACCAUGUUUAUUUCUUGGCGUCUUCAGUUACGUUGGCGCAAUUAGCAAUGAUGAAAAUAAAACAGUGAGAAUGGGGACAAUUUCAACGACACAUUGUGUAUCGAUGGUUCUUGGAAUAGGUGCAAGCGGCUUCCUCUACAAUUAUUUAGGUUUUACUUUUACUUUUACACUUUGUGCUGUCUUAGUAUCUACAGGGAUUCUUCUCGGUCAUUUACUGAUAAAGGACAUACCCAUCGAGAAAAAUGAAAAUAAUCAGGAAUGUGGAAUUAAGCCCAGGAAGUCUUUCCUAUGCGAUUUCUUCGAUGUUAGAUAUCUCCUGAAUACGUUCAGAGUUUGCUUUAAAAGUAACAAAAAUAACAGGAGGUAUAAAAUUCUGGCUCUGAUGCUUCUUGGUAUAGCUACUGGAGGACCCACCCAUGGUGAAAUUGCAGUUUCGUACCUCUACUCGAGGUAUAGAUAUGGCUGGAGUGUUAUGGAAUACAGUGCAUUUUCUUUCAUCCAUUUCAUUUCGCAAUCAUUUGCAAGUGUUGUAUCACUGGCAUUGUUCUCAAAAUACCUAAAAUGGGAAGAUGCAACCUUGGGGAUGGUUGGGAUCACCAGUUCAAUAGCAGGAUCUCUUAUAUGUGCUUUCGCCAAAAGUGGAGAAUUAUUCAUUAUAGGUGGAGUUGUUGACUGUUUAAUGAUAGCAGCGCAUAUUUCGCUGAGAUCUAUGCUGGCCAAAAUAGUACCACCGAACGAACUCGGUCAGGUCUAUUCAAUAUUUGGAGUAUUCCAGGCUCUUUCACACUUUUUGUUCAGUCCUUUCUACAAUCUAUUGUACAGAAGUACAAUCACGUUCUUCCCAGGGGCAUUUUUUCUGUUUUCUGUUGGAGUGAAGUUGAUUGGAUUAUGUUUCUUCAUAUUUCUAUAUUUAGAAACUAUUAAAUCGAAGAAGAUCCAAUCGAAGACGAAGAAGGAAGAGUUAGUUGGAUUAAAAACAUUUUGCUGAUGGAUGAGUAUUUGAUGUUAAGUGCCCUAAACUAUAUUCCCUCAUAAGAGAAUAACUUGAACCCUCCGAUCGUUGAUAUGAAAACUAAUGAAAAGAAGAAAAUGAAUUAUAGUAAUUCAUUUCCAGCUUCCAGGAAAUGUAUCAUAAAUAACGUAAAACUACAUUUUUUAUUA